UUCACCGAUAGUUCAUUCUUUGACUUCCACCUUCUUAUUGAUUUGUAUUUUUUUUUUUAUAUCGUCCUUAAAAUUAUACCGAUUAACAAUUUUGCAACCUAGAUCCUUCAAGAAAAUUUCAGUUCUUCAAUUCUGUUUUGGCCGAGCUAAGAGCAGGUAACAACAGCCAAUGCACGAGUGAUCUGAGCCUGCGCGUGACAGACACAAGAGACGUCCAACAAUACCCGAUUCUGAUUCGCUUCCUCUAUUGUGAUUAGGGUUCUUUUUCCCCCUCAUGCUUUGGAUGAGGCAGUAGUCUUGUAAAUUUCUGAGAAUAUUGUGAAGCCACAGAAAUCGGUCAGAGAAGGCGCACACAUGACAGCAGUCACAGCAGUCGGCCAUUGAAGUCUUUUAUUACAAGUCGCGUGCAAAGAAUGGAGGACGGCUAUGCAUCAGUAAUUUGUCCUAGAAUAAUUAUCUUGUACAUGCACUCCAUCAUCCUGUCACCAGCUUGCCCAUCAUUUGUAAAAGUCUAGCGGAGUACAAGUAUGUUUUGUGGGUAAACCGUAGUGCUAGACACCAUUACCCCAAUUUUAGGUGAAUAGCCCUCACCGUUCUCGAGAUACUUGCCUACGAACAUCAAUUAUACAGGAAGAGGUCACCAGCACCGACGUCAGGAUUGUACCUGGAUGUGUUGACCUUGUCAAAGUCUCAGCCAAUGGGAGAGCUUUGACCAUAUGCUAAUUAGUCACAUCCAUGUACAAAAGUCUUUUGUACCGAGCUUUACCCAAUCAUUAGGAGAAAACUUGUGGAUCUCACUAGACCUUUAACGUGGACAACACAUGAAGUCCAAAUGUCAGAAGCUCACGCCAGAGGCUUACCGUGGGAUGAAGAUCCGAAAAGGAUUUGUGUACAUUCGUGUGUGUGUGUCGGGAUGGGUGGGUACAGUUGCCUGCAUGUGUUUGUAGAGAGAUGGGGGGAGACUAUCAGUAACUGGGUGAUCUAAUUCACUGCCCACUGCCCUCGGACCUCUUUGUGGGAAGAGAGAGAGAGACUGCGUCAGCCCCGCAAGCACCAGUCUAGUUAGGCUAGAGACAAGAAGAGAGAUUGGAGCGGGAUCGAUGUGUGGGAACAGGCGUCCAUUGGAGGAGUUCUAGUAGCACUGUCAACUUAGUCUUGUCUGCCGAGUUGUCGGACCCCGCUGCUUCGCUUUCUGCUCCAGUCGCUCUGCUAAACGGACGCUGCAUCCGCUGGGAGUUCACGAUGGCUCUGCUGGAGCUAGUAGCCAGGCCCACCACAAAGUGAUGCAGCAGUUUUUACACUGGGCACACACAGGAAACAGAUGGCACCAGGAGAUUCUGCAACAGCAGCCACAACAACAACAACAACAACAACAACAAAUCAACCAGCCUUUUAAAGACGUGCACACAGGGACCGAGGGGGUCGAGAAUAUGGAAAUCAGCAGAAAGGUCAGCACACGCCAAACGGCUCUCGAGACAGGAAAGUACAUCAGGGGAGAGAGAGAGAAGGUAGAAAGAUGAGCAGAGGCUUGACAUGUUGCGUGGGAAACGUGUAAAGUUACAAGUCUUCGGAACGAUCUAAAUGACCAGGACACGAGCAAUAAAGUUUGCGAGGAAAAAAGAGAAGAAAAGAGAAAUUUGCAUUAAGGAGGAACUGGGGAUUUCAACAGACGCCGCCGGAUUCCGCAUACUCUCUUCUGUGGAAAAAGUGAGACAAGAAUCAAUAACAAACCUGAAUGGUUAAAUAAUAAUUAUCUCCAACAACGUGUGUAUCUUUCCAAGAGCUCUUUUAUGUAAACCUUCACAACAACAUAAUUACUAAAAUACAUAUCAUACACACACGUCAAUAGAUAGCGAAAAAGAAAAACAAUAGAAAGCAAAAAAAGAUAGACAGAAAAGAGAACUUCUGUCAAAGAAUGACAUCUUCAAACAGCAAAAUCAGAUCAACCGUUGAAUUAAAAAAAAACAAACAAACAGGAAAGUAACAACUAAUUAUUGAAUAUAUCGAUUUUCCCAGGGAUCUCUGAUAGAUUAACAGAAACUUUUGGGAAGAUUGUAAAUCGCUGUGCUUCGCUAUGUACUUAUCCUCGGGGACGUAAUUUUUAUCUUUAACGAGCAAAAUGUAGACACGAAAUGGAAGCGGAUUUGACAGUCUCGACCAGCAUAAAGAGUAAGAUCAUAAUAUCCACGCUCACAAUUGGUCUGAGAUGACAAAACACAAUUUGCAAUUACUAUGAGGCUAUUCUACUCCAAAACAAUGCUAAAACAAAGUUUACGAAUACUAUGAAGCUACUUUGUUUCUGGAAUAAGUUCAGCGACUCAAAGAGACGAUGGAACCGGAAGUACGUAGGCUUUUUAUUCCUAUUGUCGUCAUUUUCGUCACAUUUUUGCUCCCUACGUCCGGGAGGAAGUGGCAAGCAACGGGUACACCGGGUUUGUUUCCGGGUACGUCAUUAACAAGAAGUAACGGGUCCAAGGACACCAAGGAGCUUCAGUUCGACACGUCGACUAUUACUGGCGAGGAGAGUAUCGGAAGCAAGGAGAUGGCGACAAGACGCCAAGGUUUGAGCCCGCCAAGACGAGCACUUCCAGAGUUUUUGAAAAUGAGGCUGCAACGCUCGAUGCCUGAUGACCAGAAACUGGAAGAGGAGGAUCAGGAAUCAACUCAUCCUGGAGGUUCUGGUUCGUGGAUUACCUGGAUACAGGCAGCGAAGACGCCGACAAAGCAUCGCACGGCACAAGGGGAGAUAACGUCGUGCUUGCCUGGGCCACGGGUGCGUCAGCUGGUGAUGUCAGCAACCCCGAAUCCACGAGCGUUGAGGAGUUCAUGAUGGCGGUGCCAACGAUAUCCUCUAGUGAAGUUCCAGACUUCUGCUGUUGGGAGGACGGAUGGGCCACGCGAGACACAACAGAAUACGAGUCGUCGUCAAGGGAGGUAAUCGCCGAUGACGAAGGAGCUAGAACAGACGAAAUGGAUAGCUACCUCGGCGACGUGGUGCGAAAGUCCGGCGACGAAGAGGAAGAGGAAGGGGUGUUGUACAUUGGAGGCAUCUUUGAGCUGACCAACAAUCCGCACUCAGCUAGCCCGCGAUCCGAGCUGGACGCUGCCUUGCUGGCCAUCCGUCACGUCAAUGAACAACGUAUUGUACCCGGCUACCGCUUGCACCUGGUAUACAACGACUCCAAGUGUGAUGCAGGGGUGGGCACGGACGUGUUCUACGACAUGAUCUACCGCAUGCCGCCAGGACGUCGCAUCACCAUGGUGAUGGGCAGCUCGUGCACGGAGGUGUCCAAGACGCUGGCGGAAAUAGCACCUUACUGGAACCUCGUUCUGAUCUCGUAUGGCGAGACGUCGCCGGCGUUGGGAGACCGCGAGAAGUACAAGACCUUCUUUCGUCUGGCACUGGCAGAUUCGGCACUGGUGCCGGCCCGCAGGAUGUUCAUCAGGAACUUUGGAUGGAAAACGGUUGCUGUUCUGUAUGAAGACAAUGAGAUGUUUUCUCUGGCUAUGAAUGACAUCGGUGAAGAUCUCGGCAUUCACAACAUUUCUGUGGCAGCUUCUCUAUCCUUCAAAGACGCUACCGUAGAAAUAAAGGAAAAACUCCAGGAAAUCAAGGAAAUGGACUUAAGAGUCAUCAUCGCCGCUUUCGCAGAGUCCACAGCGAGGCAAGUGUUCUGUGAGGCUUACCAUGAGAAGCUGACCGGACCUCGCUACGUCUGGCUCCUUGUUGGAAGCUUCAGCUACCCCUGGUGGCUGGAUGCCCAGGGCACGCGCUGCACGGCCGAGCAGCUGACAAAGGCCCUCGAUGGCUGCUUUGCUGUCGGAUCCCUCAACACUCUCCUGGGCGGAGAAACCUCCGUUGCCAAUCUCACCAGUGCGGAGUUCAAGCAAGCUUACAUCGACAACAACGGUAGCAAUCCCAUGAGCUUCUUUGCGGCGACGACGUACGAUACCGUCUGGACCAUUGCUCUGACUCUCAGAGCCGUCGUCACACAGAGACGUCAGUCCAGCCAGCCGCUGACCCCGCUGACCCCGCUGCAUGAGAUGAACUACAGCGAUCUGGAGGAGAUCCGCGACAUGUAUCUCAACAUCAUCGAGAACAUGCACUUUCUCGGUGUGUCGGGACCAGUCUCAUUCAAAGGGUCUGACCGGGAAGGAAUUUCUGUGAUCUAUCAGCUGCAAGAUGGCAACUCCAGCCGUGUGGCCAUCCACUAUCCUGGAAGCACUGAGCUAGACUUCAGCUGUGAUGAAUGCUACCAAAUUGUUUGGCAAGGAGGAAGAAUCCCCGCGACGGAAAGACAGAAGUGACCAGGCAAAGAACCAUCGAGUCCGCCAUUUUCUACAGCAGCGCCGCCUGCUGUGGUGCGGGCAUCGUCCUGGCCCUGGUGUUUCUCCAGUACAAUCUGUAUCACCGGAAACUCAAAUUCAUAAAGCUAUCGAGCCCCACGCUCAACAAUGUCGCGGUCAUCGGCUGCAUCCUUGUCUACGCCACAGUUGUACUUAUGGGCCUUGAUGACCGGAUAAUGCCACCAGAUGUCUUUAGCGUCGUCUGCACGGUCCGGGUGUUUCUUCUGGCCGCUGGCUUCUCCUUAGCAUUCGGCGCCAUGUUUGCCAAGACCUUUCGUGUUCACCAG